AUGCCCGUCGCAGUAAUACACUCCACACCUGUAGCAUGUGCGUUUUUACUAAUAUUAGCGAUAGCAUUGCCACCUCUCCUCUGUACGGCCCGAACGCCACGGCUUGAGUCAUACCAGCAAGCGUUUUCACAGAAGCAGAGCCGUCACUCCAGUGAGGCGAUUACUGCGACUACGCAUCACCUGGUGUCGCGUGAACGGGCUUCAAGAAGACGCGGUCUCGGCGGCCUGCCCCGACUCCCCUCGCUUAAAGCCCUCCUGACGAUCCUCGAGGGCCGUUUCUCCCCAUCCCCCUCUCCCCUUCCGCCACGACCUCCUCCGCCCUCCCCACCUCCCCCUCCCCUUCCGCCGCCCUCCCCACCGAUUGCGCGAGCCUAUCCCCUCCCUAUCGCGUCUCCGCCACCCCCAUCUCCUUCUGUCCGCAUUCCCCCCAGUCCUCCCCCACCAUCCCCUUCGCUUCCACCUGCUUCCCCCUCGACUCCCCCACCCUCCCCCGCGCUCACCUCCCAGGAAUUCUCCGUUCAGCCUCGGCGGCGAGAGGAUUCCUUUAUCAUCGCCACUCUUGCGCCUCUCGGGCCCUCCCCCGCCCCCGCGCCUGCGCCUUCCCCUUCCGCCUCCGCCUCCGCCUCCGCGCCCGCGUCGGAAGGGGGAGAAUCACUGGGCGCCUUUCUACCUGUGGACGAUCCAUAUGAUUUCCCCCCUGACGGUCCGGACCUUUCCUACCCUAACCCUGGCGGCAACAGCGAAGAUUCCCAAGGGAACAGCGGAGGUUCGGACGGCGGAGCUUCCGAGCCUGGGACCCCGCCUCCCCCUCCCCCAAAGGAAAGGCCUCCAGGCUGGGUGGAGCUGACGUACGGUGGCGGGCCGGUGAAGCACGAGCCUAUUAACGCGUACAUACUGUACUACGGCGCGUGGGAUUCCCCAUCGUUCACUGUAGAAAACUUCAUUAAUUCUCUCAGUCAAGACCCGGACUAUUCAGAGGACUACCGUGAACCUGACGCCUAUUCUGGCAUGGUUGCUGAAGGGCCAGGCGAGGAAGGGGAGGUGUCUUCUGGGCAGGUGGCAUCUGUGCGGGGGUGGUGGAGGGUGGUGGGAAGGUACACGGGGCGGGACGCGAGCAACCCCGGCAUCAUUGUCAACGUGACCGACCAGGUUAUUCUGGCCGGGUCAGGGAGAGACAACUACUCAGCCGGAAGCGAUCUGACCGGCUGUGAAGCCUCAGUGGAAACAGUUCUCAGCAACGCAUUGGCCGAUGGCGCCAUGCUCCCCGUAGACGACACGGCCAUCUACUUCAUCCUCGCAUCCCCCGAUGUCGCACUAGCAGCGCCGUACGAAAACACAUACAUGUGCGACGACUGGUGCUCCCUGCAGCAGAACAUGAAUUUCACUGGAUGGGAUGGCUCCACUAGCAGCAUCCGAUACGUGGUUAUCGGCGACGCUAGCAAGUGCCCGGAAAAGUGUGCUCACCUCUUCGGCCACCCGAGCUCUCCAAAUGGCAACAUCUAUGAAGAUGCUGCAGUGAACGUUAUCGCUAGAGAGCUUGCCAGCUUUGCCACCAAUCCAGAGAAGGACGGGGUGCGAGGCAUGAAGCUCUACUUCCAGCAGUUUAAAGCCCUGAUGAUUAAGAACGCGCUGCUAGCAUGGCGCAACCGAACCGCGACGUUCUUGCAGCUCUGCUCGUCCUUCUUCUUCAUCCUCCUGAUCUUCCUAUUGGACGUUUCCGUGAAAGCCGCUUUGACGAACUACACGGAGUUUCGCGACACGCCGAAUCCGAACGUCGUGGAGGUCCAGCCAAUCAUGGCGUGCGAGAACGCGUUUAACAUUCUCAAGCCGUGCUACGACUUUUUGUGGAGCGGGAACAACAGCAAGAUCAUAACGUCUCUCGUUCAGAACAUCUCCGCGAACAAUCCCGGCCGUCCAAUCAAUGCAUCCAGAAUCAUGGGAUUCGCGAAUCCCAGCGACGUGGACGUCUGGCUGCUGGCCCAUCCGAUGCGGACGCCCGGCGCACUGCACUUCGCGUUCACGGAGAAGGGCGACCUCGGGUUUGCCGUGCAGACGAAUUCGACGUCGAAAGUGCGGCGAGGGACGUUUGAGAACCCCACGUUCGACCACCAGGUGCCGCUUCAGGCGGCCGCAGAGAGGGAAAUCGCCAGAUAUAUCGCUCAAGACUGGACGAUAGGGUGGCAGCCCAGCUACUCGGAGUUCGCGCAUCCGCCGUACCAGUCGCUCUCCGCCAUCCCCCUAGCGGGCCCCACGUUCCUCUUCGCAGCAGCCAUGUUCAACUUCGUCACGCAGGCCGCCAACCUCGUCAUAGAGCGUGAGCUAAAGCUCCGACAAGCCAUGGCGACAAUGGGCCUAAUGGACUCCGUCUUCUGGAGCACCUGGCUGGUCUGGGAGCUGCUAGUCGCUCUCGUGACCUGCAUUCUCCUCAUCUGCUUCGGCAUGAUGUUCCAGCUCGCCUUCUUCCUCAAAAACAGCUUCGUCGUGCUGUUCCUCGUCUUUUUCCUCUUCUGGGUGGCGAUGACCGGGCUGGCGUUCCUCGUCUCGACUUUCAUGCGGAAAUCAGCCAACGCCAACACGGUCGGGUUCUUCAUCUUCCUCCUGGGCUUUGUCCUACAACUAAUGGUCAUGUUCGGGUUUCCCUACACCAACGACUUUUCCGGAUUCUGGCGGGUGAUCUUCAGCCUGUUUCCUCCGGAUCUCCUCACGCUGUCCCUCAAGUACCUGACUGAUGCCACCAAGCUGCCGCAGUCGCCUGGAGUGAGUCUGAGCGAGAUCAACAAGUGCACGCUCGGGAACGCAGGCUGCACCAACACUCUGGCGAGCAUCUAUGUGUGGCUCAUAGGCGAUUUCUUCCUCUUCUUCAUCCUCGCUAUCUAUUUUGACAACGUGCUGCCUGAUGCUAACGGCAUCCGCAAGCCCAUUCUCUACUUCUUCUACCCCUCCUUCUGGACCGGCAAGGCGUCAUUCGCCCGGCACAACGAUGGCAAGGCCGACCCGGGGCUGGAGCUGGUGGGGGAGGAGGACGAGGACGUGCGGGAGGAGGAGGAGCACGUGAAGGGGCAGGCGGAGCGAGGCGAGGUGGAUGCUGACGUGGCGGUGUCGGUGCGGGGGCUGGUGAAGACCUUCCCGAAAAAGUGGAGGAUGAAGGGGCUCAAGUGCAAAGUGAUGCCUCCCUUCCACGCCAUCAAGGGCACAUGGUUUAACGUGGAGAAGGACAAGCUCUUCUGCCUGCUGGGGCCCAACGGGGCGGGCAAGAGCACCACCAUCCACUGCCUCACGGGCAUCCUCCCCACCACUGCUGGCGACGGCCUCAUAUACGGCCACUGCAUCCGCGAUCCAGGCAGCAUGGCGGCCAUCCGCGCCAUCAUGGGCGUGUGUCCGCAGUUUGACAUCCUCUGGGACCGCCUCACCAGCCAGGAGCACCUCUUCCUCUUCGCCCGCAUCAAGGGCCUCCUCCCCUCGCAAAUCCCCAAGGAAUGCGCCAUGCUCCUCGAAGAAGUCAAGCUCACAAACGUCACCAAAAGCCGCACGAGCGGGUACAGCGGCGGCAUGAAACGCCGCCUCUCGGUCGCCAUUGCCCUAAUCGGCGACCCGAAGAUCGUUUUUCUCGACGAGCCGACCACCGGAAUGGACCCGGUCUCGCGCCGGCACGUGUGGGAUAUCAUCGAGAGGGCCAAGCGCGGACGGGCGAUUGUGCUGACGACGCACUCGAUGGAAGAGGCGGAUAUUCUCGGGGAUAGGAUCGCGAUCAUGGCUAAGGGGCGGAUGCGGUGCAUCGGGACGUCGAUUCACCUGAAGAACCGGUUUGGGGCGGGAUUUGUGGUGACUGUCGGCGUGCGGCGGCCGGCGAGGGUGGUAAACGCUGGUGGUGCUGAAAAUUCGGCGGCUGAGACGUCGAACGGGUCGUCUCCGCUGUCGUCCUCUGCUGUUUCACCUGACGGAACACCUGGGGACAAUGUGGAGGCGGUGAAGGGGUUCUUUUAUGAUCGCCUGGGAGUGCAGCCGGUGGAGGAGUCGCAGGGGUACAUCACGUUCCUGGUGCCUCGCAGCAAGGAGACUAUGCUCACGACAUUUUUCCGUGAGCUAAAGCAGAAGAAGAGGGAACUCGGAGUGACAGAGACGCACCUGUCACUGUCCACUCUGGAGGAGGUGUUUCUCACCAUCGCCCGCAAGGCAGAGCUUGAGACAGCGCAGGCCGAGGAGCGGUUUGAGGAAAUCACACUUGUUGAUGGUCGCACACUCCAGGUUCCGAUUGGUGCAGAGUGCGUUGCAAUCCCUCAGACGGCCGCCGCCAAUGAGGAGGAUGCUGACGUGGACGCGGGAGAAUCACAGCCAUUGAUGGUGGUGGAUAUUACGGGAGCUGAAUGUGACCAAGGGCUUUUGAAGGCCGAUCCUGGAGUACGGGCUUUUGACAGUCAGCCUUUGGAGGUCUUGUGUCUUGCCCUGUACUCUGAACCUAGACGGGCUGGGUUGGAGUUGGAGAGAUGA